AUGGGAAAUGAUUCAGAAGCUAUAGAAGGGGGGAAAGCAGCGCUGCCGAAGCCUCCGCGUUUCAGAGGGAAGUCACGUCCUCCCUCCCACCAGCUGCCCAGGUUCCCUCCCGUUUCCCACGUCACCCUCCUUCGGUGGAAGCAUCAAGAGUCCAACACGGGAGGACUGGAGUCGCACGACUUCGCACGACCCACCCUCAAAGCGGGUCGCGCCUCGGAUGAUGGUUUGACCGGCGAGAGGGGGGGAGCUGCGCUUCGGGCCCCGAACUUUGCCAAGACAAGCGCAGGAGAGGCGGCGUCUCCCUCCUUCGCGGGCUGCGUCGCCGCCGCCCGGAUCGGCCCUCCGCGAUCUCCGGCUCAAAAGAAGCGGCCUUUCGUCCGGCGAAGGAGCGCCGGGGGUGGCCGGCCGCCCAGCCCCGCAGCCCGGAGAUCGAGGCGGCGGAGCCNGCUGACCGCCGUGCGCACCUUCUGCCAGGCCGACGUGCCGCGGGUGCCGCCGCCGGGGCCUCCGGUGCCUCCCCUGGCCGCCUCGCCUCUCCCGCGCGGCGCCGACCUGCUGAAGACGCGCAAGCCUCCGGCGCUGGGCGAGCUGGAGCCGGUGCUGUUCGGGCCUCCGGCGCCGGUGCUGGAGCCGCUCUUCCCGCCGCAGCCCGGGGCGGGCGCGGCCUUCGGCGAGCGGCUGCGGGAGCGCAAGGUGCAGCUGGAGUGGGUGCGGCCCGAGGCGGCGGGGCUGCGCGGCGCCGUGCGCGUCCUCAACCUGGCCUACGAGAAGAGCGUCUCGGUGCGCUACUCGCUCAACCGCUGGGCCAGCUGCAACGAGGUGCCCGCCGCCUACCUGCCGCCGCCCGCCGCCGCCCCCGACGGCCAGACCGACCGCUUCGCCUUCCACCUGCCCGUCGGCGCCGGCACCACCCUGCUGGAGUUCGCCGUGCGCUACCGGGUGGCCGACGCCGAGUACUGGGACAACAACCAGGGCCACAACUACAAGCUGCGGGGCAGGCAGCGGCCCGACGGCGGCCGGGAACCCGACGGCGGAGGCGCCUGGAUCCACUUCAUCUGA